CGAUUGUAGUGCCCUAUAUAAGGAAGAAUAUUCGCUUUGAAGUGCACUUGAAUAAAGGAGUCGAGCACCAAUUGGGGAUGUAAUCAAUGUUUUCUUUCCUUUUUUUUUUAAAGACAAAAAAAGAAAAUAGAAAAAAAAAAUGUUUUUUGAUUCAUUUGACUUAUAAAGAUACACAUUUUAUAUUUUCCUCAGCUAUUGUUAAUAAUUUGGAAGUAUUUUAUUUUUGGGUUAGUGAAACAAUGACGUCGAUGCUCGGUAGAGAGAGAGGGGCAAUGCGGAUUGGCGCAUGCGCGCUUUCCCGAGCUAGAGGACAAUGAAGUGUGAUAUUGUGUCAAGGUAUCAUGGAGUUUCUUAUGUUAUAUUUCCCGGCGAAUUUCGACGACUCUAAUUGAGCUGGCUGUUGGAUAGCGAUCGGCCAUGUGACUACUGGAUUUACAUGCUGGAAGAAGAGCAGGAUAACUGAUUUCCAAGUCUAACUGGGAUCUAAAACCUUCUUCUCUUUUUUGGUGCUUAUUCGAGGAGCAGCCACCUUAUAGGUAUAUUUUAAUGCACAAUGUCUGAGGUUAUUAUAACGAAACGAAAGGAGAAAUGUGAAAACUGCACCAAACAGUGCAAGAAGAAGCAGGGCGAUGAAGCUGUCCCCUUGCAGCAGGAUGGAGAUGUUGCCAAUGGAGAAGUGAGUGAUCAGCCGGUAUUGCUGAGCGCGUGUCUCUCAUGCGACGGCUGUGUGUCUGAGGAAGAGAACCAAAAAAUCUCCCAACAGAGCCUGCUGGAGAUCAACCAUGUUCUUGCACUGAAUAAGAAGUGUGAUUCCACGAAGCACAAAGUCUUGGUAGUGUCUGUGUGUCCUCAGUCAUUGCCAUUUUUUGCUGUGAAAUUUCAUCUGGACGUCCCGACGGCUGCACAGAAGCUCUGCGGCUUCUUAAAGAGCGUGGGAAUGAAAUAUGUGUUUGACACAACACUAGCUGCUAGCUUCAGCAUUCUUGAGAGUCAGAGAGAGUUUGUACAGCGAUAUCGGCGCAGACAUAGUGACGUUUCUGCUAUGCCCAUGUUCACAUCUUCCUGUCCAGGCUGGAUCCGUUACGCAGAGCAUAUUCUAGGAAGUCUGGUCACUCCACACAUCUGUACAGCGAGGUCACCUCAGCAGGUCAUGGGCUCUCUGGUCAAAGACUACUUCACCAGACAACAGAAGCUGAGUCCAGAACAGGUGUACCACGUGGUGGUGGCUCCCUGCUUUGAUAAAAAACUGGAAGCGGUGAGAGAAGAGUUUUACAACAGUUUGCUCCACACAAAAGAUGUGGACUGUGUGCUUACGUCAGUGGAAAUUAUGCACAUGAUGGAGCAGAGUAAUGUUUCUGUGGAGGACGUUGAACCUGUUCCUCUUGAUCAUGUAUUUGCCGAGAUCAAUGACUCAAGCCUAAUGAGGCACGAGGGUCGAGGUUCCGAAGGUUUUCUAGAGCACAUUUUUAAGCAUGCUGCCAAAGAGCUCUUCGGCCUGGAUGUAAAUGAUAUUGUAUACAAGACACUCAGGAACCGAGACUUCCAGGAGGUGGUGCUCGAGCGUGAUGGAGAGACGCUGCUUCAGUUUGCUGCAGUCUAUGGUUUCCGGAACAUUCAGACUCUUGUGCACCGCAUGCGGAAAGGCAAAGUGCCCUACCAUCUAGUAGAGGUUCUGUCCUGUCCUGGAGGUUGUGUGAGUGGGCGUGGGCAGGCAGAGGGAGAAGGAGGAAAGCCCGAUCGAGCUCUAGUCCAACAAAUGGAGGAAGCAUACAACUCUCUGUCCGUCCGGCUUCCUGAAGCCAACCCUGAAGUCCAGCGUCUCUAUGAGGACUGGCUGGAAGGAGAGGACUCCCCACGUGCCCAGCAGAUUCUACACACUCACUACAACAACCACACACAAUCGCCCUCAAACACCCCCGGACCUGACAUACAGUGGUGAAAGAGGCCAAGAAAAAGACCUGUUUUAUCUUUUUAUGUCGGAUCAGAGAUUCACAGCAGGCAAACAAACGGGUCCAAGUAAAGAUCAAGCUGCGGCUAUGAAAGAUUUCAUGCUAUAAGACAUGUGACCUCUUAGCAGCCAAUCACAGACUGCUGAACUGUUUUUUUUUUUUGUUUUUUUUUCUUACUUUUUAAGUUAUAUAGCUUUUCAGAAAAUCAAUGAAUUAUAAGAGAUAUGAUGUCAUAUGCCUUUCAAUCCUUGUGUAAAAAUGUGAGCGCAAUAACUUAAACCUAUAAUUGAAUUAAUCAUAGCGUUGGGUUACAUGAAAUUUUAGUGCCUGUCUGGAAUUGUUCCUAAAAGAACAAAGUGCAUAAAGUGCACAAAUGUUUACUGGUUAAUGGUGCCACUAUAUAAUAAAAAGAUUUAUUCGUUUAAAUAAAUACCCUUACAUUUAUUAUUAUUUUUUAAUUGUAUGGUUUAUGAACCAUAAAAAAAAAUCAAUUUCAUCCACCAAGGAUGAUAAUAAUCUGUGUUCAAGUAUAAACGUUGAAGAAAAGACUAUUAGUUUAUAUGCACAAGGCAGUUUGGUUUUAUUGAUGUUUCUUCAUAAUCAGAAGUGAACAAAAGGGUAAGAAAUAUGUAAUGCUAAUUACUUUAAAAGUUUGUAUAUCCCUUUCUGGAUGUAAUAUAAAAUAUUAUUUAAUAACCUGUU